UUGAUUGUGUUGUGGAAUUUGCUGGUGGUGCGUGAGAUUGAGCAAUUCAAUGAAAUUCCCUUUGAUCUGUAGCUGCUAGAUUAAAGCGUUUGCGAUCUUUAAAGAUUUCUGUUAGAAGCAGAGAAGAUUUUGGAUUAAGCUCAUUUUAUUGUAUUUCGGACUCUGGGAAGCCUAGAUUCCGUCCUCUAGAGACGGAUUUGGUCAAACAAUAGAUCUGCAAAAAUAUAGUAGGAAGAGUGUAUUUCUAGUUUUUUUGGCAAUGGCAGCUGGGUUGAGUUUUGGCGGCAUUGAAACUCCUUAUGCUGGAUUCAGAACGAAUUUGCUUUCAUCAGCAUCGAAUUUGCUUUCAUCAGCAUCUGUAGCUCCGCCUGCUAGAAUUUUGGUUGGUUGGGCAACCUUGAGAUGCAGUUGUGUGAGAGGAGCUACUUUUGUGGUUGAGAAGUCCAAGACUGUGCAAAGUCCCAAUGGAAGUGUGGGGCAAUUGAGCCGUGUCAUGAAGUUUGAUGGGUCUUCAGUGGCAUCAGCUAAAAGGAUGAGGGAAGUUGCAGAACUUAUUCUCAGUAUUCCUAAAGAAAGACCUGUAAUUGUUCUGUCGGCAAUGGAGAAGACGACUAAUAGGCUGCGAUGGGCUGGGGAAAAGGCCAUCGAUUGUGGUGCUUCUAAUGUAUCCAACAUUGAUGAGUUGAGAUCUAUUAAAGAACUUCAUCUCAAGACUAUCGAUGAGCUUGGAGUGGAUAGGUCUACCAUUUCUCCAUUGCUAGAUGAAUUGGAGCAAGGUCUAAAAGGGAUUGCUAUAAUGAAGGAGAUGACUCGGCGUUCAAAAGACUAUUUGGUAUCAUUUGGAGAGUGCAUGUCGACAAGGAUUUUUGCAGCAUAUUUGAACAAAAUUGGUGUUAAAGCUCGCCAAUAUGAUGCAUAUGAUAUUGGUUUUAUAACAACAGAUGCCUUUACAAAUGCUGAUAUCUUGGAAGCAACUUAUCCUGCUGUUGCAGAGAGAUUGCAUGGAGACUGGAUAAGUGAUCCUGCUAUUCCUGUUGUUACUGGCUCCCUGGGAAAGGGACAGAAAUCUUGUGCUGUAACUACCUUAGGAAAGGGCGGGAGUGAUUUGACAGCUACAGCCAUUGGCAAAGCCUUGGGUUUACGAGAAAUUCAGGUGUGGAAGUAUGGGGAUGGUUUUUUGACCUGUAAUCCUAAUAUUUACCCGCACGCAGAGCCCGUACCGUAUUUGACAUUUGAUGAAGUAGCUGAACUUGCAUAUUUCGGUGUACAGGUUUUGCAUCCGCGAUCCAUGCGACCUGCUAGAGAGGCGGAUAUUCCUGUUAGGGUCAAGAACUUUUGUAAUCCUAAGGCUCCGGGUACUCUCAUCACCAGAGAUAGAGAUAUAAGUAAGAUUGUACUAACCAGCAUAGCGGUGAAGCGGAGUGUCACUGUGCUGGAUAUAAAGAGCACUCGAGCAGUUGGUCAGAACGAUUUCUUUAAGAAGGUCUUUUCCAUCUUUGAGAAAUUGGGUAUCUCUGUAGAUGAGGUUGCAACUAGUGAAGUCAGUAUUUUGUUGACAUUGGAUCCCUCGAAGCUUUUUCGCAGAGAAUCAAUUCAGCAGCAGGCAAGCAUAGGAUUGCUUGACCGUGCAGUGGAAGAGCUCAAGAAGAUUGCAGAAGUGAAUCACAUUCAGCGCAGAUCUAUAAUAUCCCUUAUUGGCAAUGUGCAGCACUCUCCACAGACACUAAACAAGGUAUUCAGCGUUCUUACAGAUGAAGGAAUCUCUUUCCAGAAGAUCAAUCAAGGAUCAUCUAAGGUGAACAUUUCCUUGAUAGUGAAUGACAGUGAAACGGAACAAUGCGUGAGGGCGCUUCAUUCGACGUUUUUUGAGAUGGGUGUCCUCUCUGAAAUCAAUAUAGCAGACGCAUUCCAAAAUGGCUAUGCAGUGUUGGCAGGAAGUUCACGUGAAACGAAAACGGUGGAAAUGUCGGCCUCUGCUUCCCACAUGCCGGACUGCGGCUCGGCCUCUACUUCCCACGUGCUGGACUCAAAUGCAAUUCCUUCCAACAUGCCGGACCAAAGACAGCUUUGCUUAACUUUCUCUUGAUAGAGGACUUUUAUCCCAGGAAAAUUCAUGCUAUGUUAGACUCCAAAAAUGUUAAGGGCUUGCAGGGUAUCAUGGCAUGUGCGGGUGCCAUAUUGGCUCUUGUUUUGGGGGUGUUAGCUUUGAUUUACAUAUUAACCGCUGGU